AUGGAUAAAAAUAAAAAGAAUACUCGCUUAGACGGUAGGACAGUGACAGUUUCUGCCAGGGCUACUCGUGCGGCUAGGAGAUCAUCCCAGGAUCCUAAUUCGGGUGUUGGCGGUUUGAAUGAGGAGCAUGUUGUCGAGCCAGAGCAAUCUCAAGAAGACAACGGCAAACGUAAAUGGUUAAAACGUCCUCGCACUUUUGAUUGGAAGUUGACUGCACCAGCACCAGGAGGGCCACUUUCUACAGAUUUGCUACGAGGUUAUCGAGGCCAUGUAGCGUGUUACAUUUGGGAGAAAAAUAUUGAACGUGGUUGUUUGGUUAUUCAGUCACGAACACAUGCGAUUGAUCUCUUUCGAUUUGAGCCUCGUGAUGCAUGGUAUCUAUUAGUGAAAAGUACUGGGUUGGGUCAUUUGAGGGAAUGCAUGUUUCCUCAUCAUAAUGCACCAUUAAUAUCAGCUUUUGUUGAGAGAUGGCACCCUGAAACUAAUAGUUUUCAUUUACCCUUUGGAGAGAUGACAAUUACAUUGCAUGAUGUAUCUUUGAUUUUGGGUCUUCCUAUUAACGGCCUUGCUAUUAACCACCCAAUGCAACAAAAGGAAUCACGGAAUUCACUAUUUUCUUUUAUUGGUAAAUUGCUUAAUAUAGAUACAAAAGAAAUAGAGUUUGAACAUGCACAUGGUGGAAUUAAGUUGUCAAAAAUUAGAGAGACUUUGAUGGAUCCAAAAAAUGAGUAUGGUGCGGAUGAUCUAGCUAGAGGCUUUUUAGUUACAUUACUAGGGUCUACUUUAUUUAUUGACAAAACUGUAGAUCGAGCAUCCACACUAUUAUUUCCUCUAGUACGCGACCUUGUUAGUGUUAAGUCGUACUCGUGGGCUUCGGCAGCUCUUGCUUAUCUUUAUCGGGAACUUGGCAAAGCUACAAGAGCAGAGACUAAGCAACUGGCAGGAUCAUCUACUCUUCUUGAGGUUAUAUGGGUGCCUUAUGGUAUCAAUGUAGUACACAAUUUACCAUUAUCAUUGUAUCAUGGGUGCAUUCGUUACGCUUCCAUAAUUGAACCGUAUAUGCCAGACCGUGUUCUACGACAAUUUGGAUAUGUACAGACUCGCCCUAUUAUGCACCGUCUAGGUGAGGAUGCUUCUAAUCCAUGGGAUUGCUCUUCCGACUACAUGCAAUGGUUUUUACAAUGUUCACAUCCAAAGUUGCAAAAUCCUGAACAUGCCCCUAAUGGAUAUAUGCCAAGACAACACCAACUUACUGCCGAAGCGCGACUCCACUUGAUUGCUCACUAUCUACGUCCAGUAUAUCCUGAAGUACGAUCAAAAUUGAGUUUGGAGGACCAAUUUCACCAUAUUGACCAGGCUAUUGACGUUCUGCAGGAGUUUGAGAAAUUACAUUCGUCACAAUGA